AGCAAAGCCAAGCAAAUCAAAGCGAGAGAAGCAGACAACCCAAGGGGAAAACUAUCUAUCCUGAAGCCGCCGGAUAUGAGGCUGCAGUGAAGUGAAACCCCAAAGCCCCGCCUCGUCGCGCGCCUCAUCACCUCAUCGCCCAUGGCCACCUCCUCGCUGCUCCCGCUCCACCUCCCGACGAGGCCCUCCUCCGUCAAGGCCUCCUCCGCCGCCGUCGCCGCGGCCGCCGCGUCGCCGACGCCGCAGUCGCUGGAGGAGUCGUUCGGCCGGAAGGGCCUCCGCUUCGCCGCCGACCCGGCCACCGGCGCGCCCACCGCCGAGCUCAGCGUCCGCAACGGCAGCUCGCUGCGGCUCCGCCUCGCCGACGGGCUGGUCACGUCGUACCGUCCCAAGGUGUACCUGAAGGAGGAUGGGUGCAGGGAGGUGCUGCACACCUUCGCCGCGGCCGGCGACGGCGAGCUCAAGGGCGGCGUCGGGCUCGUGCUCAGCGAGGUGUCGUCCUCCGGCGCCGCCGAGUCGCUCCUCGCCGGCUCGGAGUGGUCCGUCAUGGACGCCGACUCCGACUCCUACGAUGCGGUGCAGGUUGAGCUGGGCUGCACCAAGGGGAGCGGGACGCUGGAGAUAACCUACGUGGUGACGCUGUACCCGCUGAGCAUGGCGACGGCGGUGAUGGUGAAGAACAACGGCGCGAAGCCGGUGUCGCUGACGAGCGCGAUGCUGGGCCACAUCAAGUUCGACAAGCGGCGCGGCACGGCGGUGGAGGGCCUCCGCGGCUGCCCUUACUGCUCCCACCCGCCGCCGGCGGCCGGGUUCGCGCUCCUCACCCCGGCGGAGGCCAUGAAGCGGGAGGACGCCGGCUGGUUCGGCGGCGGCGGCGACGAGGAGCCGCGGCAGGGCGUGUGGACCAUCGAGGACAACCUCUACACCAUCCUCAAGAAGAAGGUGAGCAGGGUGUACGCCGCGCCGCCGGAGGAGAGGAAGAAGCGCAUCUACAGCACGGCUCCCUCCAAGUUCACCACCAUUGAUCAGAAUAGCGGGCUGGGAUUCAGGCUGGUGAGGAUGGGGUACGAGGAGAUGUACCUGAGCAGCCCGGGGGAGAUGUACAAGAGGUUCGGCGAGGACUACUUCCUGUGCACGGGGAUGGCGUCCAUGCUGGUGCCGGUGGUCGUCAACCCCGGCGACGAGUGGAGGGCGGCGCAGGUCAUCGAGCACGACAACUUGUAGUUUUUUUUUUUCUUUUGGGUUCUUUGCGACAGAGUGAAAGAGGAAGGAAUCGUGUACAUUCCCAUGCAUAUGUGACCAAUUUAUACACGAAUUGUUCUUUGAAACAAGUAGCAUGCAGAUAGAGAAAACAAAUGGUGCAAGUGUACACUUACAGCUGACGCAGAAUGAUCUUUCCAGUUUUUCACAAGGACGUAACGUACACCGGUACAGGCAUCUCGACGACACGAGACAGCCCUAAAUAAACCAAACAGGUUCCAGUUUAAGUACACGAUGUAACAUAAAAAUGUGUAACCCUAGUACUGGCAACGGCAACGGGCGCUACUCCCACCAAAUAGCGAAGGAACACCUUUGCUCCGUAUAAGCUCAUAGCAUCAAAAUUGUUGGAAGGAGUUCAUUUAACGAUAAUUCACAACUCU